UCAAAGUUCACUAUAUACAGCUAUUCGCAGAUCCCCCUCUCAGCAACAUUGCUCUGCAAGUCUCCUCGUUUAAGCGCAUUUAUUUUUUUUCACUGGGUCUUUCUCUCCCAUUCUCUCCCAUUCUCUAACACUCUCUGUGUUUUAUUGCAUAUUCUAUUAGGUGGAUUUUUUUUUAUUUUUUGGGUCUUUGGAUUUUUUUUGAAUUUUUUUUUUUUCCUUUUCCAGCCCAUUGCUUCUUUAUAGACAAUUCCAGCAGAGGACCAUCCACACUACCACUGGCUUCGUCAUCAGAUGUCUAUAUAAAAAAAAUAGAGAGAGAGAGAUAGAGAGAUACAAUUUUUUUUAUAUAAUUUUUUUUUUAUCUCUGAUUUGCCUGCACUAGUUCUGCAUUAAUUCUACAGUUUCAAGCAAGAAGGACAAGAGGUCUCUCUCUCACUCUUGACUUUUUUUUCCCAACGACUUCUCAUUUUACAGACUUCAAAAAAAAAAAAAAAAAAGAUUUUACCCUCCCCUGGUCACAGAAUGUAAGAUGCUUGUUGUCAUUUUCCACCAGAAGGAAUAAAGCCAGGAGCUGAGGAACAAGAAGGAGAAUAUUUGGUGCUGUUGUUGCUGAUACUUUGGAUCCUUCAAUUAUUUUUCAAUAUUUAUUUAUUUUUUAUUUAUUUAUUUAAUUAUUUAUUUUGUCCCCACUUCUUCCUGCUGUUUCCCUCAUGACACAUGGAGGUCUUGUACGACUAUUUUCCUCUUGACAAAAAAAAAAAUUGAAAACAAAUAAAAUAAAAUAAAAUUGAAAAAAAAAAAAGGAAAAGGAAAAGAAGAAAAGAGAAGAAGAAGGAAAAAAAAAUAAAAAGAGGCAGAGUGGAAGUGUCUGAUCUCCUGCAACCUCCUGGCUCAGACUAUCCAACAGGACUGGUUCUUUCCUUGGAUGGCUGGCUGGGUUUUACCCUGGAUUUGGCCCCUGGACACUUACAAACACUGAUCAGCUUUUUUCUUUUUUUUUUAUAUUUCUAGAUUUUUAUUUAUUUUUUCCCUCCCUCCUUUCCUCGGCCAGCUGCUCUCUCUCUCUCUGUUCAGCCCUAGUGCAGCAGGGAUCUCAGCCGCAGCACAGCCGAGGAAACCCUCAGCAGAGCAGCGGCAGCCCCCCGGAUCCCACCGCUGCAGCCCUCCAACCAGAGCCUGCUGCCCUCCCCACCCCCCACUCCCCCUGGCCUCCUUAUGUCUGCUCCUCCGUGCCCUGGGCAAAUUGGGGCAGCCAGCCCUGCCACCUCCCCAGCCUGAUCUGACGCUGCACCCUCCUCCAGCCACAGCCUGCAACCCGGAGACCAAUAAACACAGGCAAGGGGAGACAACACAAGGGGAGGGGGGCAAGCAGCAGCAAUUAAAUAAAUACACUCCCAGCCACUUCAGCAUCUUUUUAUAUAUACAAAUUAUACAUCGGUUGGCACUGAGAAUUAUUUUAUUUUUUUUAUCCAUAUUUUUUUUUUUAUUCUACAUAAUAUUUUUUUUAUUAUUUUUUUAUUAUUUUUUUUUUCUUGUAAUAAGAGGAAGGUGGGGGGUGAAAUCCCUGCAAAAAGAAAAAUCUAAGGAAACGGCUCCCAUCAACGGCAACCACGGCAGAGACAGCCAGCUUCUUCUUCUCCUCCUCCAAAAUCAGACCCCCCCCGACCCCGGCCAUCACCUCCCUCCCCAGCUCUUUCUGGGCCCGAGAUAUGGCAAUGGUAGUUAGCAGCUGGAGAGAUCCGCAGGAAGACGUGGCCGGGGGCCCCAAUAACCCGGGGGCGGCUCAGCCGGCCAGGGAGCCCACCCAAGCCCCCUCCGCGGCCCCCCACACGCCGCAGACCCCCAGCCAGCCGGGCCCCCCAUCCACGCCGGGCACCGCGGGGGAGAAGCAGCCUCAGGGUUCCGCGGGGCAGAGCGCGCAGCACAUAGAGUGCGUGGUGUGCGGGGACAAGUCCAGCGGGAAGCACUACGGACAAUUCACCUGCGAGGGCUGCAAAAGUUUCUUCAAGAGGAGCGUCCGCAGGAACUUAACUUACACCUGCCGGGCCAACAGGAACUGCCCCAUAGACCAGCACCACCGCAACCAGUGCCAGUACUGCCGGCUCAAGAAGUGCCUGAAAGUGGGCAUGAGGAGGGAAGGUGAAUAUUUCUUCUACCACAUUAUGUGUUGUGGUGAUUAGUGUUGGUGUUGUGUAUUGUGCCAAGUGUGUGUUUGUGGUGUGGUGCUCAGUGUGUGUUUGUACAUGUUGUGGUAUGGUAUGGUACUAUGUAUAUGUUGUGGUAUGGUGCUAGGUGUAUGUGUUGUGUUGUGGUAUGGUGCUAGGUGUGUGUCGUGGUAUGGUGCUUGGUGUGUGUUGUGUUGUGGUAUGGUAUGGUGCUAGGUGUAUAUGUUGUGGUACUAGGUGUAUAUGUUGUGUAUGGUGCUAGGUGUGUGUUGUGGUAUGGUGCUGGGUGUAUGUGUUGUGUCGUGGUAUGGUAUGGUGCUGGGUGUAUAUGUUGUGGUACUAGGUGUAUAUGUUGUGUAUGGUGCUAGGUGUGUGUCGUGGUAUGGUGCUAGGUGUGUGUCGUGGUAUGGUGCUUGGUGUGUGUUGUGUUGUGGUAUGGUAUGGUGCUAGGUGUAUAUGUUGUGUAUGGUGCUAGGUGUAUGUGUUGUGUCGUGGUAUGGUAUGGUGCUGGGUGUAUAUGUUGUGGUACUAGGUGUAUAUGUUGUGGUAUGGUGCUAGGUGUGUAUUCUGUGUGUUGUGUUUUGCUUUGGAUAAUGCAUGCUGUAUAUAUUGUAUUUGUGUUUGGUGCAAAGUGUUUGUGUGGUAUAGUUUUUUGUUGUAUGGUGCUAUGUGUAUUGUAGUAUGGUGUGUUUAUGUUGUGUUAUUGUGUAAUACUAGUUAUAUAUGUUGUGUUGUGGUACUAGGUGUGUGUUGUGAUAUGGUGCCCCGUGUAUAUGUUGUGUUGUGGUUUGGUACUAGGUAUGUGUUGUUGUAUGGUACUAGGUGUAUAUGUUGUGUGUUUUGUUAUGGUGCUAGGUGUGUAUUGUAUGUUGCUAGGUGUGUGUAUAUGUUGUGUGUUUUGUUAUGGUACUAGGUGUGUGUUGUGGUAUGUUCUAGGUGUAUAUGUUGUGUUGUGAUGUACUAGGUGUGUGUUGUGGUAUGUUCUAGGUGUAUAUGCUGUGUGUUGUGGUAUAGUGCUAGUUGUAUGUUAUGGUCUGGUUCUAGGUGUAUUUGCUGUGUGUUGUUAUGGUGCUAGCUGUGUGUUUUGUUAUGGUGCUAGGUGUAUAUGCUGUGUGUUGUGGUAUGGUUCUAGGUGUAUAUGUUGUGUGUUUUGUUAUGGUGCUAGGUGUGUGUUGUGGUCUGAUUCUAGUUGUAUAUGUUGUGUUGUGAUGUACUACGGGUGUGUCUGAGUAAAUAUUAAUAUCACCUCUAGGUUUAUUUAUUUAUAUAUACAUAUUUCUGUUUCUACUUGCUUAUGUGCACCCCCUACCUCCUCCCUGUUUUGCAUUGUGGCGCUAUUAAUAUUAAUAAUAGAGACUCUCUGUGUGUGUGUUUUGUGUGUGGCUGCAUGCUGUGGGAUGUUGUCUGAUCCUCUUUAGAUGUGCUUCUUCCUCGAUCUGUUUUUUUCCUCUUUACUGUCAUUUAAACACACACUCACAUACACACACACACACACUCACACACACUCAGAGACACUCAGUCACUAACAAAACCUGUUGAUGAAACCAGUAGAUCCCUCCAGCACUUUGUUAAAUGGGGCUCUUCAAAACAGGGGCCUUUGAAAAACUUUAGAAGUGAUGCUGUGAGUUUGCUGCAACCUUGUUCGGGGGAAGGAGGGAGGGUCGGGGGGGGGACGUGGCCUUGUUAAAACACAUGUCCUCACAUACAAGGAAUAUACAGACACAGGGAAGUUUGGGAUGAAAACCCUUAUAGAUCACUUUGUUUCUGAUUACCCCUACAUUCUCCUGCUGUUUAUUCUGGUUUUUAAAAUAUGUCCACCCUCUCUUUAAGGCAAGCACUAUGUGGGGGGGAAAAUACAACUUAAUUAACGAACCAUUGAAUAUUAACAGAAUCUAUAUAUUGUCUCCAAUUGGCUUUGUACCCACUCACUCCUAGUAUCCAGUUGGAGAUUAAAGUUACAGUGUAGCAAUUUUUUUUUUAUCUGACACUAUUUACUGAUGGAUAAAAUGGGCUGGAAAUUCUUUUAGACCUUAACUAAGCAAUCGAUCAGCCGAAUAUAUAAACACAACUACAUACAUGUAUCAGUGAAUUCACUUGCUAAGUUAAACCUUAAAAUAUAUCAUCAUGAAUAUAUUGUGCACUAAAAUAUCUCCAAGCUAAUUUAAUAAGAGUGUUAGGGACCAGAAUUAAAAGUUCCAAAAAAAAAAAACACAAAUCUCAAGCAGAGCCUUUCUGUUAAUUUUAUAUUAUUUUAUUUUUCUUUGUAGAUAUUUGAUGUGUGCUGUGUUUAAAAGAAGCCUCAUCGCCAAAACCCCAUACAUAAAUUAAAAUAACUGAUAAUUAUUGGAAUCCAGCUAUAGGUAAAUAAGAGGUGAGGCUUGCCGACAGAGUGCAUUGUAUGAUUUAAUUUAAAAAAAAUAAUAAUAAUUAUUAUUAUAAUAUUAUUUUUUUUUAAUGCAUUAUUAACAUAGGAAAAUUCAACUUUAUCUUAAAGUUAUUUUUGUUUGCAAGGCAGAUACAGUAUUAGGCACAUGCAAAAGCACACAUUAAAAAAAAAAAACACUUUGGUCAGCUAUACUAUAACCAACCAUAAAUAAGUAUGCUUACGUUUCGCAUUCAUGGAGAUAAUGAAUACAGUGUUUGGCAUCGCUGAUACAUUAUUCUUCAGACUCAAAGCAUGCUUACACAAGCAAGCGAGAAGCCUAAGCCUUAAAUAUAAAUUGCUGGGCACUUUUUUUCUCAGAAUGUUUAACUAUUGUAAGUUUCCCUUUCAUAUUUUUCUAAAUUAUUUCAAAUUUUAAAAUAUAUAUAUUAUAUAUAUAUAUUUUUCAUAGUGUUUGUUUGUGUAUGUGUGUGUGUGUGUGUCUGUUUUUGCUUGGUUGAAUUAAUCUAGAAAACAAAGUUGCAUUACAGAAGCUACUACAGAGAAAAUAUAUCCAUGAUGAUAUACAUCUAGCUAUAGCUACAUGUAUAUUUUAUUUUAGAGGCUAUAUAUUUUUAAUCGCCUUGCAAAGUAUCAACACUGAGCAGGAAAAAAAGAUCUAACACACACAAGCAGCAUGGCACUCCCGAGUAGAAUAUAUCACGAUAUGGACGUGUUUUAAAUAUAAUUACUGUUAUUUUUAGAUAAUAUCAGUAGACUCACCCUGUACACAGUGAAUGAGAGAGAAUGUGUUUCAUUGUUGUUGUGUGUGUGUUUGGCAUCUGUCACGUUCCUUCCUAUAAAUUGUUUCUAUUUAUUGUACUUUUUUAUUUGUGCAUGUGUAUAUGUGUGGGUGUCUGGUAAUAUAUUUAUCUAUGUCUCUCUAUAAAUAUAUAAUAUAUAAUAUGUGUGUGUGUUUAAUAGGUGUUCUAUGUAAUAUAUAUAUAAAUAUAAGUGGAUGUGUUUUUGUAUCUAUACGCACAUGUAUAUACAGUAUAGACUUCCUUAAUGUUAUUACAUACCUACUGCUCAUACAGUGAUAGUAUGUAUAAUGAUAUAUGUAUAUAGACAUCCUUAUGUUUAUUAUAUACCUAUAGUGAUACAGAAUAUAAGUGUAUGUAUAAUUAUAUAUGUAUAUUUAUAUUAUGUAGAAUGUUGUGUGUGUAAUAAUAUAUGUACCCACAUGCACACACAGAUAAGCACACAUAAUCAAAAACACACAGAGACAUGAACACACAUAAUCAGACACAAAUAAUCACACACACACACGUUAAUAAAACCAUGAAUUUUAUAGAAUUGUGCCAGGCGGAUGCCAUUGUUGCCCAGUCUGUGUGUCAGUGUCAGUGGUGUGUUUUUGCUGCCCUGGUUGCACAUUUCCUCUCCUUUCUCUUUGUUUUUGUCAGCGGUUCAGCGAGGACGAAUGCCUCCAACCCAACCGAACCCAGGCCAGUACGCCCUGACCAACGGGGACCCCCUGAACGGCCACUGCUACCUGUCCGGCUACAUCUCCCUGCUGCUACGGGCCGAACCGUAUCCCACCUCCCGCUAUGGCAGCCAGUGCAUGCAGCCCAACAACAUCAUGGGCAUCGAGAAUAUCUGCGAGCUGGCCGCCCGCCUGCUGUUCAGCGCGGUGGAGUGGGCCCGGAACAUCCCCUUCUUCCCGGACCUGCAGAUCACCGACCAGGUGGCCCUUCUUCGGCUCACCUGGAGCGAGCUCUUUGUGCUGAACGCGGCCCAGUGCUCCAUGCCCCUCCACGUGGCCCCCCUGCUGGCCGCCGCCGGACUCCACGCGUCCCCCAUGUCGGCAGACCGGGUGGUGGCCUUCAUGGACCACAUCCGCAUCUUCCAGGAGCAGGUGGAGAAACUCAAGGCCCUGCACGUGGACUCGGCGGAGUACAGCUGCCUCAAAGCCAUCGUCCUCUUCACCUCAGGUGAGUGAGUGGUUGGGGCGAGGUUGGCUUGAGUCCUGGGACCGCCAAGGACCUCCUGGACUUGGGUGACUCACUGUAGUAGGAAGCAUCCUGAGAUUUGUGUGGGUGAGGGUGGCUUGGCUCCAGUGACCUCCUGCACUUGGGUGACUUCAUGUAGUAGGAAGCUUCCUGAGAUUUGAGUGGGUGAGGGUGGCUUGGCUCCAGCGACCUCCAAUAACCACCCUGCACUAGGAAGGCUCCUGAGAUGUUUCCUCAACUCUGGGUCUUUUAAAUGCAAGGUUGUGGGGGUCCUCAGCCAAGCUUGGAGCUGGGUUACUAAAUACUAUAGGGUGAUGGGAGGCUGCACAGAGUGAGUGCUGUCACCCCAAAAUUAGAGCCAGUCUGACCCCCAUGUCCAGAAUUGCAACCAGCGCCUGCUGGUGAUAUUUAAUGAGGAUACAUUUAGUUUAUCUAAAAAAAAAAAAAUACAUCCAUACACCGACCGAUUUCCUAUCUCAAAGCACUUGUUUUAUUUUUAUUUGACUUUAUUAUUAUUUUUAUUAUUAUUAUUAUUAUUUUAUUAUUAUUAUUAUUAUUAUUUAGCAAGGCAGAGUGAUAGUAAAAAUUCAGGGUAUUCCAGUAAAUAUGAAAGCAGUAAAAUAGCCCCAUCGAAACUGCCAGCAAUAAAUCAUUUUGCUAUGGAAACCACACUCCUAUUAAAUAUUUAACAGAUUGUCUAUGAAGGGGGGGAAAAAACUGCAAAUUGAGUGCAGGCGAUGCUUAGAUGCAGACGUGGUGAGAUUAUUUUUUUGUGAUAGAUUUUAAAUGCAAUCUCAGAGGUAAUCAGUGAGGGCUUCCCCCUUAAACUGUGUCCAUUACAAGGAGAAGAUAUAGUUAAUGAGCUAUGAAUACAGAGAGCCCAGAUUGCUAGGAUAUUUAUUGUAAACAAAGCAAUGGAAACCCACAUCCCCAUCACACAUGUAUUUAACAUCAGCCAGCUCCUUUAAUUAUUGCUUGCAUGGAAUCCAUUUUUCUUCGAAAUCGAUUAAAUGAUCUUAGUGAAUCCCACUUGUGAAUAGCUGGGAAAUGUUGUGGCUUUAUUUUAGACAAAGAUUGUCAGAGUGAGAGCCUGGGGCCCAGGCAUCCUGGCUGUUCUUUCAAAGUGUAUACAUUGUGUCAGAUAGCUCCUCAAUGUGCAUUGUAUUGCCAUUGAGAAAAUGCACUAUUAUUAAUAUCGAUUUGAACGCCUGAUCAUUUCUUUAGACCCCAGAAAAUGUGAUUGCUAUGCAGGGUGGUUCAGAUCUGGUAGCCAGGAUUGUGACUGUACCCCCUAGUACACUCUGUGUAAAUACAGCCAAGCCUGGGAUGCAGCCUGGAAGAGCCAUGAAUGGGAGUCUAGAUAGAUAGAUGGAUGGAGGUCAGAUCACAGGAUUACAGAGACCCAGCUAUAGAGAAAUGUCUGUUUAAAUAGCAGCAUGCACAAUUAAAUUCAUCAGACAGUGUUAGCUGUGAGAGAGAUUCACACAGAUACAGCCCCAUUGUUUGCACGUGGACAUGAUAAAUGUGUGUCAUUCCUGCUAUUUAAAUGGAUCAUAUGUUAAAAUUUUAUUUGUGUGUGUCCAUGUGUGUGUGUGUAUUUAUGUAUGUAAUGCAUUAUAAUGUGUGUGCAUUUUCCGAAAAACGUGUUAGUGUAGGUAUAAACAUGUAUGCAUAAUGUGUGUGUGUGUGUGUGUGUGUGUUUGCGUUUGUGUGUGUGUGUGUGUGUGUCUCAGAGAGCUGUUGCAGCAAUCUAUUGUUUAAGUUGAGCAUAUACUCACAAUAUCUAUUUAACUGCUUACUGUUUCUCUGUGUAAGGACUGGCCAUAUACUUCUCUAGAGUGAUGUCCUUGAUUUGAAAAUAAGAACAUCUGCAUUUAAAACAAAAUCAGUGUAACAUAUUAUGAAUUAAUAUGGUGCCUAUAAAAGUAUUAAAUACUUUAAUCCUUUGAAUAAUUGAACAUGGAAAUAGGACUGUCAGAAUGAAUUAGACUUGUUUCACCCCAGCAUAGCAGCUACACCCCCAACACACACACACACACACAUACAUAUACACACACACAUACAAAAAACUUUUAUAUAAUGUUUGUUUGUUUUAUAGAGAAACUUUCUUUGAUAGCCUGUUAGAGAAAAUCUAAUUGAAAGUUUUUGGGUUUUUUACUUUCCUUUCAAUUCUUAUACAAACUCAAGUGAUGAUAACACACUUUCCAGGCAUAAUUUAGAAAAUGAGUUUCGUGGGGCUAAGUAUUUAAGGCUGGCUUGUGGUUUUCCCAUUUAGCCCUCGGAAAAUAUGUGUAACCUAUUGUAUUUCUGGAUGCCUUCCAAAGGUUAGGUCACGACCCACGUUCCCCUUAAAACAAGAAUAAUUUAUCCAUUUCAUCUAAACAUUAACCGAUUCUGCUACUAAACUUUACAAUCCGCCUGUUUACUGGAAACUCCUGGUGGGGGGAAACAGUAAACAAAUGCAGUCUGAGAGUAGAAUGUAACAUUGCCUGUUUGUGAUAACCAAUAUUAAUAAUAAUAAUAAAUUGCUAAUUCUUUAUAUCAAUUCUGCAUAGCACGCUUAGUAUUCCAAAGCAGAUUGUGCUGGCAAGUUCAAUUAAGACAUCAUAAAAACUUCAUUAAAUAAAUCAACAGACCUCCAAAUCAAAUGAUUGUUUUGUAAAAUAAAAAAAAUAAAAAAUAAAAAAAAUCAUAAUAAAAAAAUAAUAUGUAUGUUGGAUUUAAGGAUGAUAUACACAUUUCCCAUCGACUGACAUAUUAAUCCACACUAAAUGCAAUGCAGGGGUUUCUGAUGCAUGUGAGCACCCAUUCAUAUGUAUAAGGGGGCGUUAUCUCUAUGCACUAUUAACUGCGUGGAUGUAACGAUGAAUUUGGUUUGCAACACAAUUCCCAAUUCUGUUAUUGGCUUUUCCAAGCCCAGAGAAGAGGCGCAGAAUGAAUUAAUAUUCUAAUAUCCUUAUCCCCCAGGAAGCACACAUUCCAUUUUUUGAGGGGAGGGGGGAGGUGGGAUGGGGGGGUUAUAUAUAACAAUUGAGAUCAAAGCACAGAUUAAUGUAUAGCUCGUGUUAUGUACGUGUAUGUGUGUGUUCGUGUGUGGCAGUAUCUGUAGAACUAAACGUUACACUCACAAUUGCUACGUUGAGAGAGGACGUUUAAAGUCGACAGUUAACUUGUAACAUUUUUAUUGGAGUUCUAAAGCAGACUCUCUCUCUCUAUAUAUAUAUAGAGAGAGAGAUAUUAAUAUUAGCACUGUUACAGUAACACUGUAUGUGCCAAUCCUUCUAUAAACAGUGUUAGAUUGCUGAUUCCCUAGCAUUAUAUUGAUGCAAUUGGUGCAGAUAAUGAUAAGGCAUAUGGGAUAUGAUAGAUUUGCUUGUGUGAAUGGUGUACACACAGUGCUUGGAGGCCUUGCACAUUGUACCUUCAGAGUUAUUAGCCAACUAUCAACAUAUACCCUGUACAACACUGCUGACAUUAUUAGAUAUAUCUAAAGGCUGAUUAAAGGUUCACAAGCAUCAUCUCUUUAUUUCAAUUUGUUGCUCCCGGCAAAAAAAAAGAAAGAUAUUUAGUGAUUGAUCUACCAAAAUACAUUUAAUUACUUCAAAUCGUUUCAUCGUCUGGUUUAUUAACGUCCGAAUGAAAUCACUUCGUUUUGAUCAUAUUCGUUUAAUUUUCUUUUAUUUUUAAGUCUCCAAAUUUAGAAAUGAACAGUUAUCCGGAUUAAUGCUGUAGCUUUAUUAAUUUUAACCUGAUCUGAGGUUUGCUCGACUGUCAUUUCAAUAUAAUAUAUAUAUAUAUAUUUUAUUAUUUAGUCUUUUUUUCACCCGAGCAAAUUAAAUUGGUUAAGAUUUCCCAGGUUCGAUAAGAAUUUUACAGUUCGAUUUGUGAUAGGAGUUUUAUAUGAUAAAUAUGAAUUAACCCCGAGAGAUAAAGCCAUCACUCUCCCUGCUGCUCUCACGGUUAAGGGGUUAAAGAUCCCAGUUAAUAAGUAGUGAUAUUAUAUAGCUUUCUUUGGUCAUAUCUUGGUGUCUGGGUGUCAGUGUGUGCAGAGCUGUAACAGUGUAACAAUGUAUGGUUGGGUAUGGCUGCAAGCCUUUUUUAAUUCAUAUUGAUGUUUUCUGAAAUUGUGUCUGUAGGUGUGUGGAUGGGUUCUGUACGUUGUUUGUAUAGGUGUGUGGAUGGUUUCUGUACAUUGUGGGUAAAGGUGUCUGGAUGGGGUCUGUACAUUGUAGGUAUAGGUGUGUGGAUGGUUUAUGAGGUCUGCACUGUGUGUAUAGGUGUGUAGAUGGGUUCUGUACGUUGUGGGUAUAGGUGUGUGGAUGUCUGAGUUAAUUGGCUCUAUAUGUACCUAUAUAUCGUGUUAGUGUAAGUAAUUAUGUUUGUGGAUGGGUACUGUACAUUGUGGGUAAAGGUGUGUGGAUUGGUUAUGGGGUCUGUACAUUGUGGGUAUAGGUGUGUGGAUGGGGUCUGUACAUUGUGGGUAUAUGUGUAUGGAUGGGGUCUGUACAUGCCUGAGUUAAUUGGCUCUAUAUGUACCUAUAAAUCCUGUUAGUAUAAGUAUGUAUGUGUGGGUCUGUGUGCAAGAAUUAUAUUACUAUUAAUAAUAAGAGAAUACAAGAGUGCAAUUUCAAAUAUAAUAAUGAGAUAGACAGAUAGAUAGAUAGAUAGAUAGAUAGAUAGAUAGAUAGAUAGAUAGAUAUAGACAGAUAGAUAGAUAGAUAGAUAGAUAGAUAGAUAGACAGAUAGAUAGAUAGAUAGAUAGAUAGAUAAAUAGACAGAUAGAUAAAUACAGAUAGAUAGACAGAUAGAUAGAUAGAUAGAGAGAUAUAGACAGACAGAUAGAUAGAGACAGAUAGAUAUAUAUAUAUAGACAGAUAGAUAUAGAUAGAUAUAGAUACAAUUUUAUUGUGAGGCUGGGUUCUAUAGGAUAGGAUAGUAUGGAUGGGCUGUUUAGAUAUGUUGGUAUGUAGUUAUAUAGGUGUGUAAAGGCCUGGUUGUGGUGUAGUUCUGUAGCUGUAUAGGUCUCAUUGUAUAGUUAGGUUAUGUGUUUGUGUGUGUGUUUCCAUUGUAGCCUUUUGUUCUAUUGAUAUAUAUGUGUCUAGUGUACAAUCUGGUAAUAUAGCUGUUUGUGGAUUUCACCGAAUGGUCUAAUUUUAUAAGAGUGUGUGGUUCUUACUGCACAAUAUUUACAUGUGAAUGUGUGUGUGUGUGUGUGUGUGUGUGUGUGUGUGUGGGUGUGUGUGUAUAUAUAUAUAUAUAUAUAUAUAUAUAUAUAUUGAGUGUAUGGCACGAUUCUAUAGGUAUAUAUAGUGCUCAGUGUAUGAUUUCCUUCUAAUAAGUAAAGUGGAGAGAAAGAGAGAGAGAGUGUGUGUGCAUGUGUGUGUAUUUACACUAUAAGGUCUGACUCUCUGCAUAAGAAUAAAUGGGAUCAGGGUGCAAUGAUAGCACCACACCAGCUGUCUAGAUUAUUUACCAGUUAAAUAUGCCGAAUGUUAUAAAACACACUUUGAUCCCAGUCCUCGAAUCUCACUGUUACAAAUAGUAAAUGGCAGAGGGCUUAUGUACUAAACAGCGAAUUGCCAUACUUUAAGAGGCUACUUACAAAAUGUCAGGAAGUACUGGCCAGUUGGUUAUAUUCAGGUAAAUUGUUACAAUUUGGAAUUGAGUUCCUAAUAGUGUCUCUUUAGUACAUUAACCCCAUAGAGUAACACCAGGCAGGCAUUGAUCACGUGUUUUCUUUAACCCAUUAAGUGCCAGACGUUUGGCACUUAAGGGGUUAAAGUACCCCAGACAAACUUCAUAGCCUCUUGAAACUGUGUGUGUUUAAUGGGUUUUUAGAAGAAGCCAGGAGUGUUGUCUGUGCAAAUUGCUGAAAUCCCCAUAUACAUUUAACACAAUAAUCCUUGUAGCAAAACAAGUCAGCUGUGGCCCCCAGGGACAGGGCCCAGGACUAGUGUGAAGCAUCCCAUCCUGUUUAUACCGGGAGUAGUGUCUGUGUACAGUCCUGCAGGUAUGCACUGGGUUUCAUUAAAUAUACAUGAUUUUAUAGUAGUCAAGUAUUUAAUUGUGCACUUGGAGACUUGCUCUGUGUGAGAGAGGUUAAGAACCGGUUUACAGCUUCAUUAUGGCUUCAAAUAUAGUUGUCUAUUCACAAAACAGCGAGUUUUAGUGACAGGAUAAUGAUAAAAAAUAAUAAUAAAAAAAGUCAAAUAACAGAGUUGGGGGUGGGGGGGAUAAAUAAAAUACCGACUUGGAUUAAUAUAAUAUUUUUCCCAAUUUGGUUUCUUUCCUCUAAAUAUUCACCUUCGCUGCAUUUCAGGGUCUGCGUUAUCUGCAGAUCUCGCUGAUUAGUAAAUAGGCCCCAGUUAUUCUAACAUUGCUGCGUCUAUCCUGUAAAGAGCGUGCUGUGGCGAAUUCACCUCCCACUAGCAGAUCGCUGGGGUAAAAUAACCAAUGUAUUAAAUAAUAAAACAUAGAUUAUUUAUUGGUGAUUUUUCGAAUUUACUAUCCAGGCAUAUUCACUAAAUUCCGAAUUGUAGCGAACUGGAUCCCUAAAGGCACAAAAUCACCGAAUUGGGAGGGGGUUGAGGUCUCACGUUUAGCUUCAACAGAGACACCUUCCCUGUCUGUUUAAUGAAUGAUGUAUUUUAUUUCUCUUCUUUAAUAUAAUAUAAAUAAAAUGUUCUUGAAAUGUAUUUUAUUUUAGAUUCUUUUUUCUCAGUCUGGUUUUAUGUCUAUAUCCCACUAAUUCGAUGCCCUCUCUAUUUCUCUCCAUGGUCACCUAUAGAUGCCUGUGGCCUCUCAGAUGCUGCUCAUAUUGAAAGUCUACAGGAAAAGUCUCAAUGCGCCUUAGAGGAGUAUGUAAGGAGCCAGUAUCCCAACCAGCCUAGCAGGUUCGGCAAAUUACUCCUCAGGCUGCCCUCACUUCGUACUGUAUCUUCCUCAGUCAUCGAACAGCUCUUCUUUGUCCGUUUGGUAGGUAAAACCCCAAUAGAGACUCUCAUCAGAGACAUGUUAUUAUCUGGGAGUAGCUUCAACUGGCCUUAUAUGUCUAUCCAAUGUUCAUAGAGAACCUUCAAAGUGGACCUCAGACCAUGUGUGGUGGGGAGAUAGACUUAUCUAAAGACUUCCUAGGAUAUGGCUAUACCAAUAAAGAACUCCAUGUGUUUGGAAAAUUGAGCAGAAAUGGACCAAGGGAUUCUAAUAUUAAAUAAAACAAGAAUAUGGACCUUCCUUGGAUGUUCUGUGAACUGGGCUGGAUUAAUUUUGUACAGAGAUAAAAACAAAAAAAAUGGACUGACGAUAAAUCCCUUGUAGGAACAGCGCAAUCCCAUCCAAUGGAAACUGAUGUUAAUUUUGUAACAUAUUAGUCUUUAUUUUCAUUUUUUUUGUUGUUCUGUUUUUGUUUGUUUUUUUCUUUUUGUUAAAUUGGAUACAUUGUAUGCGCCUACAGACAGCAAGAAAUUCGAAUUAGGAAGAAAACAGUCUCCAAAUCAUUAUAUAAAAACAAAAACGAAAAAAAAAAAAGCAAUUGUCCUGUGUCUAUGUAUCUAUAUCUGUUUUGUAUUUUUUCUGGUUCCAAACCAGCAAUUCCUGUUUAUUCUCUACUAAUCAUUUUUGAUAUAACCCUUUGCUUAAUAAGUGCGAUAUAUAUGUUGUCGAAGCUAAUGUUCUCCAAGAAUUAAAAUUGAAGUGAGAAUUUAAACAAAAUAAAAAAAAAGACUUUAGCAAAAUCAAAUAUAUAUAAAUCUAUAUAAUAAACACUGUGUUUGGCUGUAAAGAUGUUAUAAAAAAAAAAAAUGGCCAGUAGUGGUCUUCUGGUAAUAUAUCACACAAUGGGGAGGUUUAUAUCUGGAUACGUUAGGCGAAUAUACAUUUUCUUGUGUGUUUGACGAGCAAUGAAACCACCGAUCAGAAGGC